AUGUACAGACCUGGAGUAUCUUCUAGGAGAUCUUUUCCAGUAUGGAUGGUGGUCCUCAUUACACUUGGAGUAAUGGCAAUUUUAGGAUUAACGAUCGGUCUUCUUGUCCAUUUUUUGGCAAUUGAAAGAUAUUAUUAUUACCAAGGUAGUUUUCAUAUUUCUGGAGUUACUUACAAUGAAACCUGUGAAAAUGCAGCUUCACAAGCUAGUACACCUUUGAGUAAAGAUAUUGAGACUCAGAUGUUCAAUGCAUUUCAAAAUUCUAGUGUAUACAAAGAAUAUAUCAGCUCUCAUAUCAUCAAAUUGCUUCCUUAUGCCAAUGGUUCAAAUAUCCAAACACAGCUGAUAUUUAGAUUUCCUCCAGCAAAGAGAGAGAGCAUGAGGACCAAAAUAGAAGCUAUCUUACAUCAGCUGUUGAAAGAAAACAUGGCAUCCUGGAAUGUAGUUCUUGGAUCCAUUAAACUUACAGAAAUCAGCAAGACUAAUGCUGAAAAAUUUACCAAUAACUGUUGUGGAAGACAACUGACCAAUAGUAUCAAAGCAGAUAACCGAAUUGUGAAUGGAAAAAGAGCUCUGGAAGGGGCAUGGCCAUGGCAGGCCGAUUUACAGUGGAAAGGUAAACAACACUGUGGUGCCUCUCUGAUCGGCAGCAAAUGGCUAUUAUCUGCAGCUCAUUGCUUUGCAAAGAAAAAUAAUUCAGAAGACUGGACUGUUAAUUUUGGAACAAUAGUAAAUAAACCAUAUCUGACACAGAAAGUUCAAAACAUAAUUAUUCAUGACAAUUAUAGCAGUUCUGCGUUUCAUGAUGACAUUGCUCUUGUGCAACUUGAGAAAGAAGUUGUUUUUACAAAGUAUGUUCGUAAGAUUUGUCUUCCAGAAGCCAAAAUGCAACUCAAGGAAAAUGACAGUGUUGUAGUGACAGGAUGGGGGACCCUUUAUAUGAAUGGUCCCCUUCCAGGGACACUGCAACAAGCCCUGGUCAAGAUUAUUGACAAUAAAAAUUGCAAUGCUCCUUAUGCUCUUGCUGGUAUGGUGACUGAUACAAUGCUUUGUGCUGGAUUUAUGUCAGGAGAAUCUGAUUCCUGUCAGAAUGAUUCUGGUGGACCAUUAGUUUACCCGGACUCCAGAGAUAUCUGGCAUCUUGUCGGAAUAGUAAGCUGGGGUAAAGGAUGUGGUCAAAAAAAUAAGCCAGGUGUAUAUACUCGAGUGACUUCUUAUCGUGACUGGAUUGCCUCCAAGACUGGAAUCUGA